AUGUCUUACUACGACAUUGAUUCUAUCCUCACUGACGCAGAGAAAAUCCCCUGCACGUUUCAACUCGACAUUCCUGACCUAGGCUACCUCGAUAACACGCCUACACAACCGCUUAAGGCCGGCACCAAGGUCAACCUUCCCCUCUGGCUCGCCGAAAUGCUCGCCAUUGCCAACGCGAGUGACACCGAGGGCAAACCUUUCGUGACCUUCGACCUGCCGCCAGCGCUGGGCAACGAUGUUGUGCAGGCGCUGAAAGCCGACCCCCGUGCUGUGCCACUACGCGAUCAGAGCGCCCACUUCUACGGCCUGGCGACACAAAUGAUGGAGCUAUCUGAGGAGCAAGAAUUGGCGGCGAUCCUGCGAAAGACCUUCGUCAUUCGUGCAUCUGAGGUCGCGCUAUAUGCCCGAAAAGUCGGCGGAGUCGGUCACAAAGGCAAAGGAGGCGCGGACGAGGGAAGCAACCUAGGUGUUGGCGGUGCCGGCGAGGAUUUCCUGAGAGCACUGGAUGAGUGGGAAAGGAGUCUAUUCCGCAAGGCGCAUGACGGCACAAAGUCUGGGAAGGAGUGGAUGGAGGGCAUUAAGAAGCAUUGA